UUCAAAUUCUUUAACAAUAUUUCUUGAUUUCUUUUACAAGACUCUUUUCAAAUUUCAACUGUAUUAAUUAUUUGUUUACCAAGAUUGAUAUAAUUUAUAUUAAGUAUAAUCUUUUAAUUUGCGUGAUGCACACAUUAUAAAUAGCCGAAGGUAGUAAGCUUUCAUUGUGCACAUCGUUUAGUUCAACCUCCACGAGCUUAGGAGGUGUGAUUUGGCGCCGCCUCCUUUGGUCAUUUCCUUCUUCAUUCCUUAUUCUUGUUACGUACCAAUCUCAAUUUAAACCCUCCAACUACUCACCACACAGACACGCCAUGGCUGCACCUGCUAGGCCUCAGUUCGUUCUUUUUGGAUCCUCCAUCGUGCAACUCAGUUACAGCCAUGGCGGUUGGGGCUCUUUUCUUUCCGAUAUCUACGCUCGGAAGGCAGACAUAUUGGUUCGAGGUUACUACGGAUGGAACUCACGACGUGCCCUCCAAGUCCUCACUGAAGUUUUCCCAAAGGAUGCUGCUACACAGCCUUCGCUUGUGAUAGUUUAUUUUGGAGGUAAUGAUUCCAUGGGUCCUCACUCAUCUGGUCUAGGCCCUCACGUGCCUCUUGAAGAGUAUAUCGAUAACAUGAGAAAGAUUCUGGUUCAUAUUCAGGGCCUAUCUGAAAUGACACGUAUCAUCGUUCUCACCUGCCCUCCUGUCCACGAGGAAAAAUUGCGCGAAAACACUAGCGCAUUUUUUAGUGAGCUGGUAAGAACAAAUGACUUAUGCCAAAGCUAUUCAGAAGCUUGUAUAAAGCUAUGCAAGGAACUUGGUGUGGAAGUUGUUGAUCUUUUUCAUGCACUACAAAGUAUAGAUGACUGGGAGAAUGCUUGUUUUACUGACGGCGUCCAUUUAGCAACUGAGGGAAGCAAAAUUGUGGUGAAAGAAAUACUGAAAGUACUCAAGGAGGCUGAAUGGAAGCCAUGCCUCCACUGGAAGUCAAUGCACACUGAAUUUUCGGAAGAUUCGCCGUAUGAUCUUGUUGCUGCUGAUGGGAAAACAACACUGAACCCUUCUGAGUGGACUUUUCACAGAGAGUUUCAGUGGGAUUAAGCUGUGGAGUUAUCAACCUUAUAUUUAGCAGUUUCCUUGUUUAUGUUUGCUUAAAAAUGUUGGUUUGUAUUUGGUGACAUAGUAGUCAUCAUAUAGUUUGUUGUAAGUUCAUGGUUUAACUAAAAAUUAGCAUAUAUAGUGUAAUGUAGUAGCAUACUCCCAUAGCUAUAUGCAAAUUUCAUCAUGUGUUUGUCAGGGAGUUAUAAGAAUUAAGAAUUAGUAUAAGUUGCUAAGUUGUAUGAUGUACCAGAAGUAAUUCCUUUUAUGAAGAUGAAUUCUGUCUCAUAAA